AUGAGCAUCGUGUAUUCUCGUGUCUGUGGGUAUGUGUCGGUUUCUUCAACUAUCGCGUCUUCUCGCUCACUACGCCUCACCUGCUAUCCUCUUCCGCCUCACCUGCUAUACUCUUCCGCCUCACCUACUAUCCUUUUUCCGAUCCGCCUGCUGUUCUCUUCCCGCUCACCUACUAUCCUCUGCCGCCUCUCCUGCUGUCCUCUUCCUGCUCACCUAAUAUCGUCUUCCGCCUCACCUGCUAACCUCUUCCGCCUCAACUACUAUCCUCUCCCGCCUCACCUACUAUUCACUUCCGCCUCACCUGCUAUCCUCUCCCGCCUCACCUACUUUCCUCUCCCGCCUCACCUACUAUCCUCUUCCACCUCACCUGCUAGCAUCUUCUGCCUCACCUACUAUCUUCUUCCGCCUCACCUGCUAUCCUCUCCCGCCUCACCUACUAUCCUCUUCCGCCUCACCUGCUAUCCUCUUCCGCCUCACCUACUAUCCUCUUCCGCCUCACCUGCUAUCCUCUUCCGCCUCACCUACUAUCUUCUCCCGCCUUACCUGCUAGCCUCUUCUGCCUCACCUACUAUCUUCUUCCGCCUCACCUGCUAUCCUCUUGCGCUUCAUCUACUAUCCUCUUCCGAUCCGCCUGCUGUUCUCUUCCCGCCUCACCUACUAUCCUCUUCCGCCUCACCUGCUAUCCUCUCCCGCCUCACCUGCUAG